AUGAAGCACUUGAGGACCUCAUGCAGGGGGGCGAGUGGGGACGAGGUGGAGAGGUACCUCAGCGGCUUCACCAAGCUGGAGGACAACCGCUACUCCAUGAAGAUCUUCUUUGACAUCCGCAAGCAGAAGUACCUCGAGGCCCUUGAUAGGCUCUAA